AUAGGAAAUUCUGUAUAGCUGGUAACAUCUUUUCUGCUUUCUGAUACACCCUCUUUCUAUUCGACUUUUGUGAAAUCGACAAGAACGUCAAAAUAUGACGGACAAACAGGAUUUACGGAAACAAUGUGGACAGUUAUAUCAUGAAAUUCGAGAAAAAGGGUGGAAAGUAGUAAAACAAGGUGCAGAAGCCAUUAUAACUAUAAUUGAAUUCUAUCCUGGUGAACCAUGCAUACUAAAAUCCCGUCCUGAGAAACGAUGGAGGCAUCCAGUACUUGAUCAGAAACUUACAAGAAAAAGAUGUUUAGUUGAAGCUAGACUUUUGGCUAGGUGCCAUGCUGUAGGUGUGAAUUGCCCGUUACUCUAUUUUCUUGAGCCCAAUCGUGGACAGAUUUUCAUGGAAUACAUCAGUGGUCCUUCAGUUCGAGAUUACAUUAAAGAACUUGUCUCUGAGGAAGAAUAUGAGACAACGCUGGCGCCCUUAAUGAAAAUCAUUGGAUCUGAAGUCGCAAAGAUGCAUAUGAAUGACAUUGUCCAUGGUGAUCUUACCACCAGUAACAUGAUGUUCCGCUCUAUUGAAACUCUAGAACCUGUAUUUAUUGAUUUUGGACUAGGAAGUGUUUCGGAGUCUGAGGAAGACAAGGCCGUUGAUUUAUACGUUUUAGAGCGUGCUAUAGCUAGUACCCUCCCAGAUAGUGCAGCUCUAUUUCAUUAUGUUUUAGAAGCAUAUGCUCAAAAGUGGAAGCAAUGCAAACCUACCCUUCGACGCUACGAAGAGGUUCGCCUGCGUGGUCGUAAGCGGACUAUGGUAGGCUAAAAGAUUUCAUUUUUAAUAAUAAACUAAAGUUUUGAGCACAAAAAUGUUAUAUAGAUAUUAUCUUGUCAUAUAAUUAUGAAUAUGAUAUUCACAUUAUGGAAAUAACCUGGAAAUAACCCAUUAGAAUAUUAUCUUAAAGAGGGUCUGAUACAGCAAGACUACACUGGUUAUGUAGCAAACACUUUUCCAAAAACUUUUCAUUCUUCUAAUAAAUCGUGGCUAAAAACAGAAAUUAAUCUUUUAAGUACUUAAGUAUUUGUACU